AUGUUUCGUCCCGCCGCCCGAGCGCUUGCCCGCGCGCCUGCCGUCGCGGCCCGUGGCCCGGCGAGCACUCGAUUGAUAAGCACUGGCCCGACGCCGAAAUCGAGAAGCUGGAAGAACACCGCUGUCCGGUUGGCUUUGGCAGGUGGUGCUGUUUACUACUACAAUACGAGUAGCUAUUUCGCUCAGGAGCCCUCCUUCUCCAUCCUCGGCACAUUGAGCAAAGAAAAUGGCGACGAUAUCUCCUCCCCCACCCUCGACUCCAUCACCCCGAAGAUCCGGCAAGAGAAGGCCGCUGCCCGGUCUCAGCCGAAGACCGAUGCGCCUGCCGUUGAGGCCGUCGCUGCUCCUGAAUCCGUGGAAUCCGUCCCCAUAGACAGUGAAGUGAAGCCCCAUAUCCCGAACGAGGAGGAAGAGGGCCCCGAGUCUGCUGCCUUCAACCCAGAGACCGGUGAGAUCAACUGGGACUGUCCAUGCCUGGGUGGCAUGGCCCACGGCCCUUGCGGCGAGGAAUUCCGGGCAGCGUUCUCCUGCUUCGUGUACUCGAAUGAGGAGCCCAAGGGAAUUGAAUGCAUUGAGAAGUUCAAGGGCAUGCAAGACUGCUUCAGACAACAUCCCGAUGUGUAUGGUGCCGAGCUGGAAGACGAUGAAGUCGAGGGCGGUGCUCCUGCCCCCGCUGACCAAACACCCGCUGCCACCGAGGGGGAUAGCCUGCCUCCGGCCCCUACCGAUGCCGAGGAAAAGAAAGAGGAGACUAAAUAA